AUGCGCAUCAACUUCUGCUCUAAGCUGCGCAGCCCAGCAUCUCUCCAUACGGGCUUCCCUAAGCUUGCAGCUAGCCAUCCCAACCGUCGUGCAAGUGUCGCUGCCGGCGCCCGGGAAAUCAUGACAACAACACCGCAAAAGCCUCUCAUUGUCGUCGGUUCAGUCAACGCUGACCUCGUUCUUCCCAUCGACCGCCUCCCAAAGCCCGGCGAGACCCUCGCGGCAGCAUCAAUUGAGACUGUCCCGGGCGGCAAGGGCGCAAACCAGGCCGCUGCUGCAGCACGCUCUGGCUAUCCCACCUUCUUCAUCGGCCAGUUCGGCAAAGACGACCCCAACGCGGCGCUGCUGCGCAGCGCGUUGCUGGGCUGUGGUGUCGAUCUCUCACAUGCCCAAGAUGUCGCGGGGCCCUGCGGCACCGCGUUAAUCCUGCUGCAAGCCGGCGGCGAAAACUCCAUCAUCAUCGUCGGUGGUGCUAACCAAGCCGCCUGGAGCCUCUCCGAUGGUGUGAAGCAGCUGCUUUCUUGCGCUGGAGCAGUGCUGCUGCAGCGCGAGAUUCCCGAGUCGGUCAACAUCGAGGUGGCGCAGCUGGCCAAGGCUGCCGGUGUACCCGUCGUACUGGACGCUGGCGGCGUGGAGGGCCCUAUAGCACCCGAGCUGCUGUCGUGUCUGACGGUGUUGAGCCCCAAUGAGACCGAGUUGGCUCGGCUGACGGGGCUGCCGACCGACACUGAAGACCAGGUCCGUGCGGCAGCGGAGCAGCUAAUGUCUGCGGGUGUGCAGUCCGUGUUGGUCAAGCUGGGCAGUGAGGGCAGCCUGCUGCUGCCAGGUCAGGGCCAGACAGCCAUCAGGCAACAAGCCAUUAAGGCGCCCGAGGUGCUGGAUACGACGGGCGCCGGGGACUGCUUCACCGCCACCUACGCGGUGGCCGUGUUGGAGGGCAAGGCCGCCCCACAGGCGCUGCAGUUCGCCUCGGCGGCGGCGUCUCUGUGUGUACGGCGCAUGGGCGCCAUGACGUCACUGCCCUCCAGAGGCGAGGUUGAGGAGCUGCUGGCGGCCCAGCAGUAG